AUUCCAGUGGUGACGAGAAGAGAAACUUCCCCACAUUUCCUAUGUCCACAUUGGAGUUUGAUCUAACUUGCCUUUUGCCAUAUGCAAUUGCUAUGUGUAUAAAUUCUUUGCUACCUUCUCGACCUUCCCAUGCACUAGAAGCAAUCAGAUAUCGAGCCCGAGUAAGACAGAGAAAGAGAAGGGCUCGGCAAGACUUGAUUGGCAAUGGGUUCAGUCGUGAUACCUAUUCAGGAAAGUAAAAGGGAUGACGUUGCUUCAGAACCUAAGAAAAGCUUCCGGUCCUAUGUAGCUUCUGUUGGUUUUGUUAGAGAGGGGAGAAGCAAGUAUGAUAUGAGGAAGGUGAUUCAUAGUAUAAAGGUUGGGAUAGCCCUUGUCCUAGUUUCACUCCUCUAUCUCGUUGAUCCACUGUACAAUGAAGUUGGCAAGAAUGCUAUGUGGGCAAUCAUGACGGUCGUGGUCCUCUUCGAGUUUUUUGCUGGUGCCACACUCAGCAAGGGGAUAAAUCGUGGUAUUGGGACGAUACUAGGAGGUGCCUUAGGGUGCAUUGCUGCUGUUCUUGCUCAACAAAUUGGUGGAGUCGGAAAUUCAGUUUUGGUGGGCAUAUCUAUAUUUAUAUUUGGGGCAGCUGCAACGUAUUCUCGGCUAAUUCCAAGCAUUAAGAUAAGAUACGAUUAUGGGUCCAUGAUAUUCAUCCUCACCUUUACUCUGGUAGUGGUGUCCGGUUUGAGGGCAGAGCAGGUCAUGGAUGUUGCUCGGCAGCGUCUCGCUACAAUUGGGAUGGGAUUCGGUAUAUGCAUCUUCACGAGCUUGCUUGUGUUCCCUAAUUGGGCAAGUGACGAACUUCAUGUUUCUAUGGCCACCAAAUUAGAACAUGUUGCUUCCUCCAUUGAAGGAUGCUUGGAGGAGUACUUCAUGUCGGGAAGUGAUAAGGAAAAACAGGGAAGCAAUAGCUGCAAGAAUUGCAAGAGUGUUCUGCAUUCGAAAUCUAAGGACGAGAUGCUAGCUAAUUUCGCAAGGUGGGAACCAUGGCAUGGUAAAUUCGGUUUCUCAUAUCCAUGGAACAAGUAUCUACAGAUCGGGGAGAAUCUUAGAGAGCUUGCUGUAACCGUUGUUUCACUAAGAAGCUGCCUCGAAUCUCCAAGACAGCCCACGAAGGAUCUACGGGAGCCAAUGAGAGAACCAUGCAGAGCUGUCGUGUCAACGCUGUCUUGGGCUCUAAAUGAGCUCAGAGAGAGCAUCAUGAAGAUGAAAAAGUUCCAAGGAGGCCCAGAGGUCUUGCCCAAGUUAAAGGCGGUAAGAGUCGAACUGACACUGCUCACAGCUCAAGUUGGAGCAUUACAGAAGGAUGAGGAACUGGCUGUGGUGAGCUUCGUGUUCUUGCUCACGGAAAUAGUCGAGAAGGUGGAGGAAUUGGGUAAAGAGGUCGAGGAACUUGGCAAACUCGCCAGAUUCCGAGCUUUAUAGUAAAUCCAUUCGAUAAUAUUAGUAAUUGAUGCAACUAGUGACCAGGGUAAGUAAGCAGUUGCCAUUUAUUUUGGGUGGCAAAAUGACAAUCAAGCAUAAUUAUUAAGAUUACAAACAACAGAUGGCGUGACUUGUAAAAGUAUAUGUACGCCGUAUAAUAUGUAUCUGCUAAGGGGACUUCAUGAUGUUCAUAUCGAACUAUUAUGGGCCUCUGCUGCUGUGAUAAUUACGGUUAACUAUUGGCUUAGUGUGUAUUUGACGCACUGAUGGUCUGUAAUUCCGUCCAAAUAAUUUUUGCUUUCGCUAACUCAUUUGCUAGAGCUCUUUAUUUUUUUUCGCUUGCAAUGUCUACUGAAAAGAUCAAGGCAAACAAAUAUAAUAUUUUCAG